CGACAAGUCUGAUGGCGACUCGAUAUCCAAACCGGCCAUCAUCGGUAUUUCAGUGGCUGUGGGAGUGGUAGUGUUGGCCCUCGUCCUCUGUGCUGUAUACAGAAUGAAACGUAGGACCACUGACGACGAUGAGGUCAUCAGAUGGCCUGAGCUUAAUAGACACGGCGACUCGGACGCUCACCAUGCUCUACCUGCCAGACAGACUGGACAGCACGGUAUCGAGACGAGUCCACUGGAACGAUCCAUAUCCAACUCUUCGUCCAUUUUCACGCCGUCAGCAGCAGCCCACUCGGCAGCUCCCAUGGCCCUCAAUGGUUCUUCUUUCGGCGCGGGACCUUCCCUCGAGAACUACGCGCACGAACAAUCACCCUCCUCCGGGCACUCCGACUCCCCAGAUCUACGUCCUAUGUCUGGAUACGAGAAUGACGACGCUUACGACUAUUCUUCCUUCCCUCCUCCUGUGCAGAUGCACGUUCAGCCAUCUGGAGCGGGAGGAGCGUACGACUCGGAUGAAGAAGGUCACUCGCCCAUGUCAUCUCAAGAAGGAAGGAUGGUCAUGUCGCAGCUCCCUGGGCCUGGUCAUGUGACAUACGGCACCCACUGAGCUGAUUUUAUUCUACCUGGUGAUAGAAGAGGUGUGGUGGUUGAUCACUUUGUUGCUACCCUGCCCUGAAAAUCGAUCGCUAGGAUGGCGGUGAAGUGGCACUGGAUGUUGAGAAAGAAGAAAGAUGAAUUUGUAGAGUGUCGAGAAAUUGAGGUUGUCGACCGACAGGAUUCGGUCGUGGACGAGAUGAAAUGAAUGGCUUGAUCGCAAAUGACCCAUAAGGUUCUUUGUGCAUGACACAUGUAUCUAUAUGACUCCCG